AGGCGGAACCUUUCUCCUCAGGCCCGUGUUUCCGCACGGACCGCACUCGGCGGCGCACACUCUCGUUGACAUUGCUGCUGCUGGAGGAGGAGGAGGAGGAGGGGAAGGACUCGCGUUACUAAACUUGAGGCUUUGUAGUGAAGCCGCGGGAUUGUGGCUGUGUCUGGAUCUGUGGAGUCAUGUUUCGGCGGACACUGCAGUCUGCCGUAAAAAGCAUUUUUAAUGUGACUGUGUCUAGAGGCGCGUACGCAAAGGUGUUGGAAGAAGGCUGUUUUGCUCGAGCAUCUGUUGCAUACCAACUUACCAGAGUUUCCCCUUCCACCUUAACACCAUGUCGGACACUACACAGCACCUCUCAGCUCCUUCAUGUAAAACAAACUCCCCAACACACAGAAGAAGAAGUUGGGGCCUUUACAAAGCUCAUUGAGGCCAUGGGCUUUACAGGACCUCUCAAGUACAACAAAUGGAAAAUCAAGAUAGCUGCCCUGCGAAUGUACACGUGCUGUGUAGAAAGAGUCAAUUAUGAUGAAUUCUUUGAAAAAUGUUCGCUCCCAGACACACUUAACUCCUGGUUCUUGGUUGCACAGUUACAUGUUUGGAUGUGUUUGGUGCGAAUGCGUCAGGAGGGUCGAGAGGGGAAAUACAUGUGCCGUUAUGUUGUUCACUCGAUGUGGGAGGACGUAGAGCAGAGGAGCAAAAUCAUGGGGAUCGACGCCAUCCAAAGAAAAGAAGCCACAAAGGCGAUGACCGAGACUUUCUAUGCAGCGAUAUUUGGAUAUGAUGAGGGAAUCCUCUCUGAUGACAGCGUGUUGGCUGCAGCUCUGUGGAGGAACCUGUUCAACUGCCAGUGUGAAGACCCCAAACAGCUCGAGCACAUGGUGGAGUACGUGCGCAAACAGAUGCAGUUCAUUGACGCGUUGGAUGGAGACGACCUGCUGCUCACAGGAGAGGUCAAGUGGCGCCCUCUAGUGGAGGAGAAUGCACAGAGUAUCUUGAAGGUGACAACGCCGACGUACAACGACGCUGGGCUGUGAAACAGAGAUGCAGAGUCCAAGUGUCCCUCCUAAAGGCUUCACGUGUUUCAUCUUAAAUCUGCAUGUUCUCUGUAGCGUUAAACGCUCUGCUUUUCAUUUCAACCAUCGACUCACUUUCAUGUCAUCUGUUGUUUUCUUUUGCUGCUUUCCCAAAUGUUAUGGUCCAGGCCGAGGCCUCUUCGGGCGCCUUCAGAAGGAUACUGAGCCUGGGAUUCUUUUUUCAGCCAGACGUUCACACAUUAAUCAAUGACCCCGACUAUCUGACAUAACCAGGACACACUGCUCCAUCCCUUUAUCCUGUCGGGUCUGAGAGCUUCUAUAUUCUGUGUGAACGAGAGAACAAACCUCUUUAUUUAUAAUACUUCUAUUUAUACAUAUAUUUCUGUACCUCAUGUUUACACUCUGCUCUAGUUAAGGUGGAGGCUAAAGACUAAAGUCACUGCUCUGUCACUGUGAAUUUAACUUUGAACAUACGUUAUACGAGGCAAUCAGGUUUGUAAAUGUUUCAAGUUAAUGGCUCUUUCUUAUUUCUCUGGUUUGCUGUACUGAUAUAUUCUUAUUUUACAUAAAGUUUGUCUACAAAGCUCUCAGACCCACCAGGACGACGGUGCAAAAGCAAAUGAUUACUGUAUUAAACAAGACGUCAGUUUUUAAGAAAAUGUUGAAUAAAAUGUUGAAUAAAAUGUUCUCUGGAUGUGAACUAUGACUGUG